AUGGCCGCGGCGGCAUUCCUCUCCGCCAGGGCGGCGCCCGCGCUGCUCCCUCCCUCGCGCAGGCUGUCCCGCCGCCUCGUCGUGUCCCGCGCGGCCGCGGCCUCAGCAUCCUCGUCCUCCGGGGGGCAAGGUGGCGGGGGAGUGGAGUUCCAGGGGAAGGUGGGCUUCCUGGGGCUCGGGAUCAUGGGCGCGCCCAUGGCAUCCAACCUCAUCAAGGCAGGCUGCGACGUUACGGUGUGGAACAGGACCAAGAGCAAGUGCGAUCCCCUCCUCAGCCUCGGUGCCAAGUACGAGCCUUCACCGGCCCAAGUCGCUUCAUCUUGUGAUGUGACAUUCGCGAUGCUCGCUGAUCCACAAAGCGCGGCUGAGGUUGCAUGCGGGUCCAGUGGAGCUGCCGAAGGGUUGGCCCCUGGGAAAGGCUAUGUCGAUGUGUCGACGGUUGAUGGUGCUACAUCCAAGCUGAUCGCUGAACGCAUUACAAGUAGCGGGGCAUCUUUCCUUGAGGCUCCAGUUUCAGGCUCGAAAAAGCCAGCAGAAGAUGGGCUGCUCAUCUUUCUUACCGCAGGUGAUGAAUCCUUGUACAAGAGAGUGGCGCCCCUCCUUGAUGUCAUGGGGAAGUCAAGAUUUUAUCUUGGCGAUGUAGGCAAUGGUGCGGCAAUGAAGCUCGUGGUUAACAUGGUCAUGGGGAGCAUGAUGGUUUCCUUCUCAGAAGGGUUGCUCCUGAGUGAAAAAAUUGGCUUAGACCCUAAUACUCUUGUUGAGGUUAUUUCCCAGGGUGCUAUCAGUGCCCCCAUGUUCUCCCUAAAGGGCCCAUCCAUGGUUAAAGCUGCAUAUCCUACUGCCUUUCCUCUGAAGCAUCAACAAAAGGAUAUGAGGCUCGCAUUGGCCCUGGCGGAAUCAGUGUCCCAGUCCAUUCCUACAGUUGCAGCUGCGAACGAGCUGUACAAGGCUGCAAAAUCGCUUGGCCUUAGUGACCACGACUUCUCGGCAGUUAUUGAAGCGCUGAAAGCCAAAGUGCAGAGCUCACAGCAGUAG